AUGGCAAGCGAUCGAAUCACAUAUCCUGGACGAUGGAUGAUCAUGGACACUUAUGAUGCAGGAUGUCCUCUUAAUUACCGUGGUGUCCCGCUGAGUGAAGGGAUGAAGGGCGUUAUUGUGAAAGUUCUCGUUACUUUUCUGCAUGUUUGCGGCGUAUCGCAGAGCCUGCUGAGUCGGGGCUCAUUCAGGGCGCGGUUCUCAAAAUGGGCGAAGAAUGUCCUUAUUGAGGAUACUUCGGUUCAGGGACUCCUGGCUGAAUUGGAGGAGUUGACGGGGCAGGAACAUAAGAUGGUUUCUGCGCAUACUUUGAACCUCACGAGUCAGGCUUUGAAGAAUACAGCGGUGUUGCUUGAGAAAAAUGAGAUGGAGGUUGAGAGGGAGAGGAUGGACAAGUUGAAGGCGCUGUUAGAGCCUGUUUCUGCUUCGGGGCAGGCCUUUUCGGCUAUCAAUGAGGGUCGGAUUCCGGGGUCGGGGAGGUGGGUUGAGGAGAGGAUUAGGGAGUGGUGGGAUGGGAACGAGCCUUUGCUUUGGAUCCAUGGCGGGCCUGGCGUUGGGAAAUCGUAUCUGGCGUCGAAGAUUAUCAGUGAUCUUGCGAAAGAAGGAGACGCUGUUGUUGCAUCUUUCUUCUGCAAAAAUAAUGAUGUUGAUCUGCGCUCGUUUAACAAAGCUCUGCGGACCCUGGCAUGGCAGGUGGUUGUCCAGCGGUCGACUUUCGCGGUCCAUGCUGAGGAGUUUUGUUUGAAGGGAGAUCCGGGGAAUAGUUAUGUUGUUUGGAGGAAGCUCUUGCUGGAUUAUUUUGAGGCACCAUCAGACGAUAGAGUUUAUUUUAUUAUUGACGGCAUUGACGAGGCUGAUCCAGACGAGCAAGAGCUGUUUUUCAGUCUGCUUGAAAGGACAUACUCGGAUGGCAUGGAAAGAAAGCCACUAGAUGAUCUGCACGGAUACGUCUCUCAGAAGCUCCAAAAGACCAAGCUGUUUCGCAAUGCUUCAGACUUCCAAGACGAAGUCGUCCGAGAUAUAUGCACACGAGCAGAAGGCCUCUGGAAAUGGGCCAAUCUUGUCAUAAAAAAUGUACUGCGCUGCAGAACAAAGGAGCAGAUCCGCAAAGUUGUCAAGACCAUGCCUAAAGGAAUCAGCGCGAUGCUGCGUGAGGAGCUGCAGCGGCUUGCGAGGGAGUUAUCAGCAUCAGAUACAAUGUCUGAUGAAGAAGGGCCCCAAAUUCAACAGCUAAACAUCAUACUCUCCUUCGUGACACUGGCUCAGAGACCUCUGACUGUAGAGCAGCUUGAUCUCAUUCUGGAGAUUCUUCUCGGAGAGGAGGUCCUGAAUCUCGAAGAUGAUCUUCGCACAGUGUACUCGCCGCUGUUUUCGCUGCGGCUGCCAGAGAACGAGGAAGAUGCAUACAACAGAUCUGCAGUUGUCACGCUGCGGCAUCUUUUAUGA